AUGUUUAACAUCAUCGAUCCUGAUCAUUUGGGCUCACAACUCCGAAAACAAAAUAUGACAGAGUUUGAAGACCGUGGUAGCUGCGCCUCCAGCAUGUAUUUGCCCAGCUGCACGUACUAUGUUUCAGCCCCAGAUUUCUCGUCAGUAUCAACAUUUUUACCGCAGAGCACUACUUGCCAAAUGACAUUUCCUUACUCCUCUAAUUUAACCCAGGUUCAACCUGUCCGAGAGGUGUCGUUCAGAGAUUACGGGUUAGAACAUUCAACUAAAUGGCAUUAUAGGAGCAAUUAUUCCCCUUACUGUUCUGCAGAAGAAAUAAUGCAUAGGGACUAUAUCCAACCACCGACCAGGACGGGAAUGCUGUUUAAAAAUGAUCCUGUAUACAGCCAGCGUGCAGGCUCAAAUCCAUCUUGCAAUUUCUACACGGCAGUGGGGAGGAAUGGAAUACUUCCUCAAGGCUUUGAUCAGUUUUUUGAGACAGCUUAUGGGAUUUCUGACUGCUCGAACUAUGAACAGUUAAGUGAAAAGUCUGGGGCGAUGCACAGGACCAUCACAGCAUCUGACAAAUUUUCUUCCGGCCCGGAGAAAGAAAGUACAACCGGAAAAAACACCGUCGACUCCUCCACUAACAUCGGGGCCGAGAAAAGCAGCCUAUCUGGCCCCCUGCGAUGCAGAAAGAAGAGAUGCCCUUAUACCAAAUACCAAAUCCGGGAACUUGAACGAGAAUUUUUCUUCAACGUUUACAUAAACAAAGAGAAACGCUUACAGUUAUCGAGAAUGUUAAAUCUUACCGAUCGACAAGUCAAAAUUUGGUUCCAGAAUCGAAGAAUGAAAGAAAAGAAACUCAGCAGAGACCGACUGCACUUUUUUACUGCCAAUCCUUUAUUGUGA